CCGCCACGCUGCGACCUGUGCAAACUCCAGAUCAUCCCCAUGUUCGAUACUGUUUUAAAAGCUUGUGCAGCUAUAUCUCAUCCUUUCAUUUUCGAGGACCCACAUCUAAUAGUUCCGCCGAGCGGAAGAGGCUGACGACGUCAAACGAAAGCUCGCCUUAGAUCUGUCAGCCACACUGGGUGAACUAGCGCAACCGACAGUAGAACUCCUAUCUGACCAUCUUUCCAUCCAACCACACUCGCCACUAUUCAAGCUACUCCCCCAGCCCUCCGACUACGCCAGUUUCAAGCAACAUGAGCACUGUCAUCAGCCAAAUCUGCAACACCAUCCACGUUGGAGGAAGGGCCGCCUGCGAAAUGGCGAUGGGGUCUCUUGCGCAGAUCUCCGCUCCUUCAAUGUCUGCUCGUCUCGACGACGAUCCCCCGCUUUGGUUUGACAUCGAAGAUGACGAAGACGUACACGGUCUCAUGGCAUUCAUUCAGAGGACUGCAUCUUCCCACAUGGCACUCGUGCGCAAGCAGGAGCAGAUAGCCGCGGCCCACACGAAACAGCUCCAGGAGAAGGAUCAAGACCUUGAGAUGACACGCACUCAGCUUGAUGCUGCUCUUCAAGAGUUCGCAUUUGUUCAACAGGAGUACACGACCAGCGUCGAGAUCUUCCAGAGGCUUCGCGCCAGCUUCGAGAUCGUUCAAGGUCAGUAUGAGCUAGCUGAGAGCGAACGGAAGAUGGUCCAGAGCUUCUACGACGACGCAGAGCAACGAAUCUCUGUCCUGAAGAACGAUAUGGCCGGUCUUUGCCAGAAGCACGAUCACUUCGCCGGUGUCGAGGCGCGGCUCAGCCAGCUUCAAGACGAACAUCAGAAGCUGUUGAGCGUUCAGGAAGGGCUUAAACAGCUCCAGGCUGAACACAGCGAGCUUGUCGGUAUCCGGGACGAACAUGAGCAGCUCAAAGCAGCGCAUCAGACCGCCCUUCUGGAAUUCGCGGACCAGUUGGCUGAGCGCAUCUCUGUCGACAUGACGCUCUCGACAGUACGGGAGGAGCGCAAUAAGCUCUCUCGGAAGCUUGAUUCAGUCGCCGCAGAAGCCGCCGUUCUCUCGGGCCGCGCCCAGGAUGUGGGGCAUGCUCGCGACCGUGCUCUCGUCGAGGUCGAAGAACUCAAAGCUGCUCUCUCCGAGGCCCACGAUCGCACAGCUGCUGCGGAGGAGAAUGCCGCAUCUCUCGAAGCUCAGGUCCAGCAACUGGCUUCUGUGGUAGCUUCCCUCACCGAGGAACGCGACCAACUGAAGUCCCAGUUGGCCGAGUCCCAGGAUCGCUUGGAGAAGGAGAAGGCCAAGGUCCUCCAGCUGACUGCUGAGCUCGAUAUAGAGAAGCAGAGGGCGGUUAAUCUCACCAGCCGCCUCGAGAACGUCUCCGGCCAGCUCGCCCAGGCCAACAACAGGGCCGCGUCGCUCGAGGAGCAGAUCGAAGAGCUCGAGGCUGCCACCGAAGCUGCCACCUUGGACUACGACGCGAUGAAGCUCGAGCGCGACAUGCUCCUGGGACAGGAAGAAGAGCUUGAGGUCAAGUGCGCUGAGCUCGAGCGGCAAGCGCAAACUUCCGAAGGCGAACUCAUGAGUGAGAAGGCUAGGGCGAGCGACGCGCUGAACCAGCUCGAGACGGAGAAGAGGAAGUCCGCUGACCUCGAGGAUCGUCUUACCGACUCCCAGCAGACGGUCCACUCUCUCUCGAGUGAACGCUCUCAGCUCCAGGUUGCCCUUGAGCAGGCGACUGCCGCACUCGAUGCCGAGAAGCUUGCCAAAGUUGCCGUGGAGAAGGGCCAAGACAAUACAGCCCAUAUCCUUGCUGUGGUUCUCGAAGAGCUCGCCGCACUCAAGGCCGAGAAGGAAGCGCAGGAGAAGCAGAACAGCGAGCUCCGCCAACAGCUCGAGACUGAACGAGACCAGAAUGAGGCGCUCAAGGCCCAGCUCAGCGCAGAAACCGAAGCACACUCGGGCCUCCGCGAAGAAUUCGACAGCAUGCAGACCCGGGUUGCCGUCGCCAGCGCCGAAAUCCGCUUCCUGAAGGACGAGCUCGACACAGAGAAGGAGAAUCGCGAGCGGGUCACAGUGGGCAAGCCGCUGAAGGCUCGAGGUUCGAUCGGCCGCGUCGUCGAGACUCCGCGGAAGACGCCACUGAAGGCGAUCAACACGACAGCUCUUCCAACCAGUCCGUCGCUCGCUUCUACCCCCUCGGACACCUCUCUCCUCGUGCCGGCGUCUGUACCGAAUGCCCCCGUCCCCGCUGACGCCUCUCCUGCAUCUGCCCUCGUUACUUCUCCGUCCGUCCUCUCUUCCUUCGCUUUCGGUCUCUCUGGCUCUUCCGUUCCCUCUGGCUCUUCCGUUCCCUCUGGCUCUUCCGUUCCCUCUGGCUCUUCCGUUCCCUCUGACUCUUCCGGUUCUUCAGGCAUGACUGUCCACAAGCGCGCGGCUUCAUCUUCUGGUGGCUUCUUCAAGCGCAUGAUGGGUCGCACCGUCGCGGUCUCUCCUCUGGCUGAUGGUGUCGCCUCUGCCCCUACGUCGCCCGCACUUGCAUAGGUGUUCGUCCCGCGGUCGACAUGUCCUCACUUUCGGUUCCUAGUCUUGGUUCCUGGUCUCGGUUCUUGGUCUCGACUAUUCGUCUACCUGGUCUCUCAUGCAUAUAUCUAUAUCUCUCAGCCAACGUCGCCUCUUGCAGUUUCAACGCCUCGGCUUAUCUGGCAACAUCCCAAUGUGCAAGCUCGCUCGAACUCCAACAUUACCAACGCUGCUCAUCGCCCUAACUGACUUACUUGUCACCACCUAAUCGUCCUCAACGAUAUUCAACUUGCUGCAUAUACAAUCCUUGCCUCCCUGUUCCCUGUUCCCUUCGGAUCCGCCGCCUUCUUGGCCGCCUCCCGUAUACUUGCUCAUAAUCAUUCGUCUCUCGCCUGCAUACUACCGGACAUCACCUUCGCCUGCUUCCUGGACAUUCGGCUUCGUCCUUUGCGCUCGUCGGCACCUCUUCCUCGCAUUUACGACAGCAUCUACGCCAGUAUCUACCUCCUAUGACACUCCCCUUACCAUCUGCAUAUCUGACGACCCAUCUCCUACAUCUCACUCACACUUAAAUACAGCGUUCUCGCUGC